AUGAUCGGAUUAUCCCUCGAAUGCGGCGCUUUUUUGGCCGGAUUGGCCUUUGUGCACGUUUCCAGCAAUGCCAAAGCUGCUUUUAUGUCGAUUCGUGUGAUGGAAAAUUUGUUUGGCAGCAUGUUUUUCGCUUGUGUGGGUAUGAUUUUGCAUCCAAUGUUUUUAAUUCGCAAUGCGGGUGAGAUUCUGUCAAUGGUCCUCAUGAUUGUGGGUAUCAAGACAAUGUCCAUGACUGUGGUCAUGACUUUUUUUCGAAUAAGUCCUCGCAAGGCACUAAUGGCUGCUGUUGGACUCUGUCAAAUCGGUGAGCUUGCGCUAAUUUUUAUGAUCAAGGCUCAUGCAUCCCAGCUCGUCUCGCGUCGGACAUACUUGCUUUUUGUGGGUGCCAUCUCGGUCUUUCUCGCAUGCUCGUCAGUGUUUAAUCGCAGAGUCGUACUCGCGCGUCAAAAGUCAAUUUAUCGAUUGCCCUUGACACAAGACAAACCAAUAGAGCAGCACAGAAUCGCCGACGUGAAGUCUCAACAACACGAAGGCUCAAGCGCCUUUUUGGACUCCGAAAAAGGAAAAGAUUCGUUUUCGCCCUCAAGAAGGCACCAAGUCUCUAAAAAUUAA